CUAUGAUGUUAGUUAGUUCAACUACAUCUCAGCCAAAAAAGCAUGGUGGAGGAAAAGGCUGUUACAAAAUAAAUUCAGAAAAAGUUAAAAUCAUUAAUAGAAAAAAAUUAGUAAAAAAUCACCUUAAAAAGUGCUUAUAUUUUAUGCAUAAAGUUGGUGGAAAAGAACAAGUCAAUAAUAUUUUGAAUAAAGAAGAAUCUGAAGAAUCUUCAACAAAGAAGUUACGAUUGGAUUAUAAAGAUGAUAAAUUAUAUAUUUUAGUAGAAGAUAAAAGUAUCAUCAAGCAUUAUCAUUGGUUGAAUCCUCACUUAGUGUUACCUAGCAGAAAACAGUUAGCUGGAUGUAUUUUAAAGUCUGCAACUGAAACAAACAAAUCUUAUAUACAAGAUAAAGCAUGUAGUAACUUAUAUGGAAUUAUGAUUGCUUUUAAUGGUUGGAAAAAUGUAAUAAAUCAAGAAAUCUUAGGCUCAGUACUAAUAAUGUCUAAUGAAAUAUUUAGAGAAAUUGAUAUAUUAGAAAUAAAAAUUAAUGGGCUUGUAACAGACAGUGAUGCAGCUUAUGCUGCUUCUAGAUGUAGACUUAGAUUAAAAUAUUCCAACAAAAUUUUUUUACUGUAUUAUGCACAUCAAUUUAAUUUAUGUAUGGAAGAAAUUUUCAAGGAAUCCGAUGAUUUUAAUAUAGCAAUGAAGUUAGCAAUUAUGGUUGUAGCUUAUUUUAAAAAUGCUAACCAUUCUUAUUUUAUUAGUAAGCUUCGUGAUGAGCAGUAUUCUUUGUAUAAGCAUUUUAUUUCAUUGGCGAAUCCUGUAGAAACACAAUGGAAUAGCUUUUAUUACUGUGUUAACUCUUUACUUAAAUCAAAAAGUGCAUUAAAAGUAUAA